AGGUGGGGAGGGAGCACAGACGGAGGGUCAUAGGUUUAUCUUUGCGGUUAGCAUCUUUGUGGUGUUCAUCUUUGGCUCAUUGACUCCAUGCUUCCUGCUCCCCCCAUGGAGAAACACUACCCGGCCAUUGCAGGCAAAGAGAAAGGACCCGGACCGGGCCGAUACGGGCUUCCUCCCACCAUCGGCUUCGUCGGCCACGACUUCACCAAACAGACCAGCCCCGCCUACUCCUUCCACGCCAGGAUGAGCGACAACCUGUAUUGUGUAGACUGCAGUCCGGGGCCCCGUUACCGCGUGGACGCCAAGGUGACUCGCUUAGGACGGGAUGGUACACCUGCCUACUCCAUCCUGGGCAGAGCCAGAGCCCCCAAGGAGGUCUUCCAGACACCCGGCCCUGGCUCGUACAGCCCCGAAAAAGCCCCGCCUUGCAACCUCCAGCGUCGCCCCCCAUCCUACACCAUGGGCGCCCGCACAAACUACCGCACGGUGGACUCGGUGCCCGCUGCCAACAAGUACAGCCUCCCCCCCCUGAUGGGUUCUCACAUUCCCAACAAGACCGCCAGCGCCAGCUACUCCAUGUCGGCCGCUUUCAGCAAGGGGGGGCCCUCCGUGGACCUGGCCAAGACCCCGGGUCCUUGCCGAUACAACAGCACGGACCCCAGCGUUUAUCUCCCGCGACCGCCCGCCUUUUCCAUGCUGGGCCGACACGGUUUACCCAGAGACGCCACCGUGAGACCUGGACCCGGCGCUUAUCAUCCGGAAAGAGUUACGGCUCACAAAGCCCGGGCCCCCGCCUUCUCCAUGGGAGUUCGACACUCAGAGUUUGUCACCCCGCUCAUUGUCACCCUUUCUGACUGAACUUGCUGGACACAACAUUAGGUACCCCUGGUGCCCUACCUCUCCAUAGUCCAGAGGGUCUAGAUCAGUGGUCUCAAACUUGCGGCCCGCGGGCCAAAUGCGGCCCGCAGGAUGCUAGUUUGAGGCCCCCGCCUUAAUAGUUUGAU